AUGCUUUGGAGAUGUUCGGCUCAUUUGGAGAUCAGGAUUUCACAGCUCUGAGGGACUGCAGCUGAGCAGUUAACCAAGGCAUCGAUAUGGAGGUUUCCAACCCUCUGAAGAUGUACGGCCUGUACCUGGAAGCCGUCAACGAUUAUAUUAAUGAAUCCUACGGAGAGGACGUGUGGAGGCUCAUCGAGAACCGAGCAGAGAUACCCCACCUCAAGUUUGUCCGACACCAGAUGUACAAUGACAACCUGAUCCUGCGGUUGGCCAAGGCGGCAGGUGAGGUUCUGGGAAAGACCCACGACGAGCUGAUGUACGCCUUCGGGGUCUAUAUGGUCAAGAGGAUCGGAAACUACGGAUACGAGCGGAUCCUAAAGGUCUUGGGGCGAAAUGUGCGCGACUUCAUCAACGAGCUGGACAACUUGCACGAGUACUUUCGCUUCUCCUUCCCCAAAGUGCAGCCGCCCAGCUUCUGCGUGGAGGAGGAGUGCGAGACGAGCCUCACGCUGCACUAUCGUAGCACCCGCAAAGGUUUCACCCAGUUCGUCAAAGGACAGCUGUCUCAAGUGGGACGGCAAUUCUACAGCACAGACAUCGAAGUGGAAAUCCUGUCUAAAGAGGAGACGGAGAAAAUGACGUAUGUGGUCUACAAGAUGAACUUCGACAACGCAGCCUUCAAACACCGCACGCCGCAGCAGAAGACGGCGCCGGGCUACGAGAAGCUGCCGAUGAAGCGAGGCCUCUUUUUCGACAUGUUCCCCUUCAGCGUGAUCUUCCGCCGCGACAUGACCAUGUACCGCAUUGGAGACGGCCUCAAAGAGGUCUUCUCCGACCUGCAGGGCAAGAAGGUCAACGAGGAGUUCACUCUGAUCAGACCCAUGCUGGAGUUCACCUGGGAUAACAUCUACACCCAUCUGAACAAUGUGUUUGAGCUGCUGUCUGUAGCGGUGGUGGAGAGCAAGCAGAAGGUCAACAUUCCCAAACUGAGCAAGGAGGAUCCGGAGGAGAGUCGAGAGAAGGAGGAGAAUGAGAAAGCAAAGAGAGAAGAAGAAAGAGAUGAAGGGAGGUCUAAGGACAUGGAGGAGAUGAAGGGUUCGGACCAGGAGUACAGCGGCACCGUCACGCAGUACAACAGCUCAGCUAACUCUGGAGGAGAGGACAUUGAACUUCUGGCUUUCCAAACUGUCACCGGAAAGCGCAGCGAGACGAUCUUUGAGGACACGCGGGAGCCUCCGAAGAAACCUCUCCACCUGAAGGGCCAGAUGAAGUACGUCCCCCCUUGGGACUCCCUCAUCUUCCUGGGGACCCCCAUCAUAGAGACAGUGGAGGACAUGAUAAAGAUGGGAGUGUACGUGAACGAUCUGAACCUGCAUGACUCCAGCAGAGAGCUGAUUCUGGCCGGGACGCAACAAUCGGCCGAGCUACAGCUGGCCCUGGAUCAGGAGCAACAGAAAUACGCUCAGCUGAUGGAAGUCAUCAAGACGCUGGACGAGGAGAAGAAGAGAGGAGAUUCUUUGCUGUACGCCAUGAUCCCUAAAGCUGUGGCCGACCGCCUCAGGAAGGGGAUCACUGCGCUGGAGACGUGCCAGGUCUUCCCCGAUGUGACCAUCCUGUUCAGCGACGUGGUGAAGUUCAACGAGAUCUGCAUCCACAUCACUCCCAUGCAGGUGGUGGACAUGCUGAACGAGAUCUACAUCGUGUUCGACACGCUCAGCGAGAAGCACAACGUCUAUAAGGUGGAGACGAUCCGCGACGCCUACAUGGUGGUGGCCGGGGUUCCCAAUAAAACCACCUUUCACGCGCACCAUAUCUGCGACAUGGCGCUGGACAUGCUGAGCUCCAUCGACCACCUGAAGGACCCGUCCACCGGGGACAACAUCCAGAUCAGAGUCGGUGUUCACUCGGGGAUGGUGGUGGCAGGUGUGGUGGGGCUGAAGAUGCCCAGGUACUGUCUGUUCGGAGACACAGUGAACACCGCCUCCAGGAUGGAGAGCAACGGAGUGGGCAUGCAGAUUCACAUCAGCCAGACCACCAAAGACCACCUGGAACACGAGCCCUAUAUCAUCGAAGAGAGGGGCAAGAUAUUUGUGAAGGGUAAAGGCUACAUGAAGACCUACUGGCUGAAAGGGAAGAGAGAUUUAUCGUUCAAGACCCCGGCAGAGCUGCGAUACAGCGCCGAGCAGAAGGAAUCUGAGGACAAGAGCUCUAAUGGCUCCAUCAGCUCCAACACCAAGCGCAUGGGCUCCAACCUGAACAUCGGGGGCAGCCGGGAGCAUGUGGAGGGCAAGCCGAGCCCCUGCGACCUCCCUCUGGAGCACGCCCCCCCGCCAGAGGUCGAGCCCGCCGCCAUCUCAGACGAGCCCCACGACAAGGAGAAGGCCAACAAAAAGACUAAAAACAACAAGGGGGCAAAGAUGGAGGGGCCCCCGGUGAUCGCUGUGAUCGAGUCUUUGCCCCCCGAGGAGACCCCCGCUCCGCUCAUCAACAGCAAGAGGAACAGCUUCAGGCAGCAGUACGCCAAGCUGCCCACCGCCAAACUGCCCAUGAGGAGCGCCUCCUGCUGCCUCCUGUGAGCGGAGAGUUUGUGAUAAUCAAACAAAACCCAACAUGAGACCAGGGGGUGAAGAUUAAUAUGCUAUUGGAGGUUAAUCAAGGGGGGGGGUGAUGACAUUUAACAUGUUGCAGUGACUGACAAUCUGCAUUUUAACAAGUGGUGGAAGAAAGAAGUAGUUAAAAGUAGAAGUAUCAGAUAUUUAAGGUCAACAUAAAAACAAAACACAGACCCACUAGAGUCCCGAAAGGAACAAGAAGAGAACAGAACAGCAUCACAAUCACAACAUCUCUAGUAGAAACAAAAGCCAAUAAGAUGUGUCUUCGGUUGUUUUUGUAAAGGCUUCUACAGAGACUGCAGAUGUCAAUAGGGAGAGAGUUCCAGUGUUGGAGCACCACCAAAGUAUGUGAUUAUAAAACAAACCCCAACAUGGGACCAGGGGGUGAAGAUAAAUGUACGAUUGGAGGUUAAUCAAGGGGGAGAAAUAAUGAAAUGUAACAUCUUGCAGUGACUGACUAUCAUCGCAUUUCAACACGAUGUGCAGGAGAUUAUUUAACUCGAUUAAAAGUAGAAGUAUCAGAUUUUAGAUUUACUCUGUUCAGUGUCAAAAUGAUCUAGUUCAAUAAGCUCCUUUACAAAGUGCUGACAAUAUCAUUGGUGUUUAAUUCAACAUUUUGCAGUGACUAACAAUCUGCAUUUUAACAAGUGGUGGAAGAAUAUAUUUAAGACAAACCCCAACAUGUGACGAGGGUCUGAAGCUAAAUGUACCAUCGGAGGUUAAUCAGACGGGGAAAUAAUGAAAUGUAACAUCUUGCAGUGACUGACUAUCGUUGCAUUUCAACACGAUGUGGAGGAGAUUAUUUAACUCGAUUAAAAGUAGAAAUAUCAGAUUUUAGAUUUACUCUUGUCAGUGUAAAAUCUUGCUUUCAAUAAGCUCCAUUACCAAGCGCUGUCAUUGGAGGUUAGUUGGUGGAAAUUCAACAUUUUGCAGAGACUGACAAUCUGAAUUUUAACACGUGGUGGAAGAAAGAAAGUAAAAGUAGAAAUACCACAUUUUAGAUCUACUCUGUUCAGUGUCAACAUUAUCUAGUUCAAUAAGCUCCUUGGUGGUGGAAGAAUAUAUUUAACUCAAGUACGUGAAGACAAACCCCAACAUGUGACGAGGGGGUGAAGAUAAAUAUAUACCAUUGGAGGUUAAUCAGACGGGGGAAUAAUGAAAUGUAACAGUUUGCAGUGACUGACUAUCAUCGCAUUUCAACAAGAAAUUAUUUAACUCAAGUAAAAGUAGAAAUAUCACAUUUUAGAUUUACUCUGUUCAGUGUAAAAGUCUUGCAUUCAAUAAACUCCAUUACCAAGCGCUGUCAUUGGAGGUUAGUUGGUGGAAAUUCAACAUUUUCCAGCGACUGACAAUCUGCAUUUUAACAAGUGGUGGAACAAUAUAUUUAUCUUAAAGUAAAAGUAGAAAUAUCAGAUUGUAGAUUGACUCUGUUCAGUGUAAAAGUCCUGCAUUACCAAGCGCUGAAAAUGUCAUUCGAGUUUAAUGAGGCCAAAAAAAGGAACCAGUCGUGGAAGUAAACAAAUAUCAAUCAAACAUAUAUUUAGAGUACCAAAAGCAAGAGGAAUCGUCAAUAUGUGUUUUGCCUCAUUUCAGAAAAUCCAGAGUUAGAUUAUUGAUGCAUUCAUGUGUUCAUAACGUCUGAUAAAGGUGAAGAUAACUGUAAGACUUGUAUGCUAUUCUUAUUCCUGUUGCUGCUUAAAACAGCUGUCUUGGAAAGGAACAUAUAAUCUAUCAAGGCUCCAAACACUUCCCCAUUCUUCAUGUUGAACUCCAUCUGACUUGAGAAAAAGUACAAUAAGCCUUUUGCAUUUCAAUAAGUAGAGUUAAUAACAUAUCGUAUUUAAAAUGCCUAGUGUAAAUUCGUUUUACAUAUAUGUGCUUUAAUUGUGCCUAAAUGGACCAUACAUGUGCUUUAAAGGGAUAGUGGAAAUCCGCGAAUUUUGGGUUUAACUUGUGUAUUUGUAUUAAAAAUAAGCAUAAUAAACCAUU